GUUUUAUAAUAAUUAUACGGGUUCAUAGUAAUUCCUUGUAUUCAAUUGUUAAACCACCAUACCAACAUACAAAACAAGUGUCGCGUAACCGAACCGCACAACCAUUUGAGAAAAUUUUGUAAAAAGGAAUGACAGCGACAAAAGAGUCCCCAUGUGCACGCAGUAUAAAUUGCCUACACUGUCCAACGUCAUCUUUAAGCGUGAACUAGUGAAAUUUGGUAGAGUGAGUGAAUAUGUUGAUUUCCAUUAGAAAGAGAUGGUAAUAGAAGAUGAGUUAAUUUUUUUUUAUUACAGGUAGAAUUUUAAUCAGUCUUAGGCAAAUUACUGGAAGUAAGAAAUUAAAGACAGUUGGGAAAAAUUAAGAAAUAAAAUGAGUGACGACGCAAGUAAUAAUCAACAGAAUAACAGUUCCACCUUUUCAUCUACACCACCUCAACAACAAGAUAGUAAUGGCACUGUAUUGGAAAAAAUGCAACAGCAUAUUCGAACAAAUAAAGUCGACGUAGCUAUGUGGGCUACACGCAUACUCACAGUACUCUUUACAUUCAGCUACUUGGUACCGCUAAUUAGGUUAAAUAAAUUUAGAUUAUUUAUGUGUGUUCAAUCUUUUAACUGUUUAAUUUACAGUAAUCAACAGAGUUCAUUUAAUAAAGUAUUACUAUCGAAUGCAGCGACUUCAGCACUACGCCUACAUCAGCGUUUACCUUCGUUUGCAUUUACGAGGGAAUUUUUGGCCCGGCUCUUUAUUGAAGAUUCCUGCCAUUAUCUUAUGUUUUCGUUAAUAUUUUUUAAUGUGCAACCUACGUUACUAAUUCUCAUUCCAAUUGUUUUGUUCGCCGUAUUACAUGCAUCCAGUUACUCAUUAAAAUUAUUAGACAUUAUUGGCCAAAACUCUUGGUGGGGAGCAAGGUUUUUGAUUUCGCUGGUUGAGUUCCAAGCCAGUAAUAUUUUGAAGGCUGCAGCUUUUGCUGAGAUUUUCAUUAUGCCAUUAGCUAUUGUUUUUACGUUCAGAGGAAAAGCAGGAUUAAUGACUCCGAUAGUUUACUAUCAUUUCUUGGUUAUGCGUUAUAGUUCCAGACGUAAUCCUUAUACCCGGAACGCUUUUGCGGAACUUCGCGUUAAAGCCGAGGCUUUAGCCGCCUCAUCACCUGCGGUUGUUGGUAAGAUCAUACAUAGUGGUAUCGCUUUUGUGAGUCGUUUAGCGCCGCAACAACAACCGGAGCAACCAUCCGCAACACAAUAAGCUUACUAUUUUCUAGUGCAUCAGCCUUUUGUUUCCAAAUUAUGUUCCACUAAUAUAAAAAGACAUACAUACAUAUGUUUAUAUAUUUUACAAAAAAGUACCUUAAGAAAUAAAAGCGUCUUAAGCAAGCGACGUUCAAACUUUUGCCUUCAAGGGUUAUAUGAAUAACAACAAAAAUGUGUAACUAUAAGAAAUAUAAUUUAAAAGUAAAUUGGAACACAACACAUUGAGUUUUAAAUUCUACGACUAUUUUUAUUAGAUUAUAAGGUAUUAUGUAAGAGGUAUUUGUUCAAUCUUUUCCUCUUGAAUUCAAUUUUUUUUUAGUUUUUAUGUAGUCAUUGGUGUUAAUGUGCAAAUAUGUUGAUGUAUGAAUGAUAUCAAUUUGAAUAAACAAUUGCAUUUUUGUCAUGGGA